AUGGCCUGCCUGGUCCGCAGCCUCUGCGACUCGCAACCCGUCGCCCGCUUCCAGCGCCGCUGCGGGCUCUUCCCGGCCGGAGGAGCCGCCGGGGAGCAAUAUGUUGUAAAGAAUUAUUUCUACUACUACCUGUUCACGAUUUCAGCUGCUAUGGGUCAAGAAGUUUUCUACAUUACAUUCCUUCCAUUCACUUACUGGAACAUUAAUCCAUAUGUGGCCAGAAGGCUGAUAAUUAUGUGGUCUAUAGUUAUGUACAUUGGCCAAGUCUCCAAGGACCUUCUGAAGUGGCCCCGCCCUUGUUCGCCACCUGUUGUCAAGCUUGAGAAAAGGACAACUGCCGAAUAUGGGAUGCCCUCCACACAUGCCAUGGCAGCAACUGCCAUCUCUUUUACUUUCGUUGCAGUGACAGUGAACCAGUACAAGUACCCACUUGAACUUGGCCUGAUGGGAGCCUUUUUAUUUUCAACCCUCGUAGGCCUCAGCAGAAUUUACACAGGAAUGCACACACUGCUGGAUGUGAUCGUCGGCAGUCUGAUCUCAGCCCUCUUAACUGCUCUUGUUUAUCCUACUUGGGAUCUCAUUGAUCAUCUGAUGCUAAACAGCCCUUUGUGCCCUGCGUUCUGCAUCGUUGUGCCCCUCCUCUUAUGUUACAACUACCCAAAACUAAAUCAUUACAGCCCUACUAGAGCAGACACCACCACUAUUCUAGGAGCUGGGGCAGGAGCCACUAUUGGGUUCUGGAUAAAUAAUCGCUACAUCUCAGAUGCUUUGGCUGAAGCUGCCACGCAUCAUGUUCUCUCAGUCUCUGGUGAAAUGCUCUUGACCAUGCUUGCAAAGUUUUUGGUGGGAAUUGGUGUACUGGUGAUCACACGGCAGAUCAUAAAAAACCUGGCUCUUAAAUCGCUGUGUUCCUGGUACAAGGUUUCUAUUAAUGACCAUAAAGCUCUGCAGCAAUUCAGAAUUGAGGUGCCCUACAAAUUUAUAACCUAUUCUUCCAUUGGCUUGAAUUCUACCGUACUUGUGCCAUUACUGCAUAAGCUUUUGGGUUUAAAUUGAAUGCUGUGCAUUCCGCACCCCACCCCCUUCCCCAGGAAUAACCCAGAUUUUGGGAUGCAACAAAUGUGUAUCAUGGUAAAGACUUGAAUAAAAAAAGUAUUGUGCCUUUCUGCAUAGCUAAUA